AUGAACGGAUCUUCGAGCUCUGUUGCUACGGGCGGCGCCGGAAACAUCGGCGUUGUUGGCAGUGCAGCAGCCGCCGGUGUUGGUGGUGGUGGUGGAGGCGGCGAUGACAAUCGUGGUCGCCAGUCCCCGGGGUUAGCGGAUGGAUAUUACCGAGCGGAGACUUCUAACGCCAGCUUCGCCGUAUUCAACUACGAUUAUCGUACGCCUCAAAGCCUUCUCCACGCGCAAGCCAAUCUCAAGUGUGAAUCAGCUAUCAUGAUGUGGGAGGAAGAUACCUACCAGCGCUACGCCGACAGUUACGAAUGUCGAGAUACGAAAUCUUUGGCUCUGGACACCAUCGAACCUCCAGAGCUGGCCAGAUGCCGUGAGAUCCAGGCGGACGCCUCGGCAUACCAGUCGCUCCAGUCCUCUCUCCAGGUCAUGGGCUCAACCUGGCCAAAGUGUGGUAGUAAGUCGAAACCGGAGAGACGAGACGAACGAAGAGACGAGACGGAGAAAAGAGUCCAGAGGAGGGAGUUCGAAAAAGCGAGACCGGGAGACCGAGAGCCGGGAGGGACGACGAGCGAGAGAGCGAAAGCGACCGGCGACCGAAACUCACGACCCUGGGGCGCUGGGGUCCGCUUCGUACAUCAGAAGCCGGCCCAAGGCAAACCAGUAAAACAACGCCGCAAGGUGGUCCUCGCCCUGGCAAGCCUCCGCAUAGGCGGCCUCGAUGUCCGCCCGCAAUCGCCGGUUGUCGUACCGGUGCUGGGCGGAGUCCAGGGCCCCGAACGUCAGGGUGGCCACGUGCUCCCAGAGGAGCCGGUCCGUCGGGUCGUCGCCGGCGGCACGAACCAGACGUCUGCGCAUCUCGGCGCAGAAGACGAUGGACCGGGGCGCACCGGCCAACGACGAUGA